AUGUCGGCCACCUUCAUUGGUAACAACACAGCGAUCCAAGAGCUCUUCAAACGCAUCUCUAAACAGUUUACAGCUAUGUUCAGGCGCAAGGCCUUCCUGCACUGGUACACGGGCGAGGGCAUGGAUGAGAUGGAGUUCACCGAGGCCGAGAGCAACCUUAAUGACCUGGUGUCAGAAUACCAGCAAUGCCAAGACGCCACAGCUGAGGAGGAGGAGUUUGAGGAGUGUGCGGAGGAGGAGGAGGAGGUAGCCUAG